CGCGCACUUAUUGCAGUCCCGCCGCCGAGUCGCUGGGCGGCCCGUUCCCUGCGCUCCCACCACGCAAACGACGUUUGGGACAGCUGCCACGGACGCACAGGGCCACCAGCAGCGCUGCCUCUGUCCCCUCACUGCCAAAACAUUGCCCCGGAUUCCUGCGCCCAGCGCAUGCGAGCGCACACAAUUCGUCGCGCCCGCUGCUUCUCCCGCCCCGUCGACACUGCUGCGCGGCCAGGCUGCUGAACCGCCCCUCCACGCCCACCUCAGCGGCCCCGGUCAUGGUGCCCGCCCGCCCAAGCCAAGUAGCCUCGUGAAGGACGCUUUCGCCCGCCCCGACUCCCUCCGCACCUCGCGCACCCUCGCGCACCCUCGCGCCCGCUGCCCGCCGCCGCCGCCAUGUCGUACUACGGAAACGGCCAGAAUUACUACAACCCAAACAUCCCCCACUCCAACCUCGGCGGCCAGGCUGCACACCACGAUCCCUACGCCCGCUCUGCGCCAAGCACCGACCAUGGCGAUGCCUCCUCAAACGGAGCCGCCGCCUCAGACUACGGCUAUGCCUACAACCAGCCAGAGCGCCGCAACAGCAUUGCUGCGCGCCAGAACGACGAGCUGUUCAUGGUCGCCGCCAGCUCCCCGCACCUGAGCCAGGGCCCAAUGUCGCCAACCGCCAGCGCAUACGGCGCCGGCUACGGCUACCCGCCUCAGCGCCAGCAGCUCGAGUACAAUCCCCAGAACUACACCCAGCCCAUUGCUCUGCCCAACCCCCAGCAUUACGGCGGCGUCAACAGGCCCUAUGGGCCCUCGGUCUCGACUGCUGCCUCGCACCAGCCCUACAACCCAGCCGCCUAUGCGAGCAGCAAUAUUUCCCGGACAAACACCGUCAGCCAGCCCUACGCCCUCUCCCCGACCUCGCCCACCCUCCCGUACCCUUCGCCGUCUGCGUACCAGAACUCGCAAUUCGGGAGAACCACCUCUGUUCAGAGAACUACCUAUCCUACUCAGCAUUCCUCAACCGCAUCCUCGGGCUACUACUCGUCGAGCGCUUCGCACGCCCCGCUCCCGUCACCGCCAGUCUACGACACCGGCUAUGGCUCACAACGCGGCGACCGAUAUGCCACUCACCAGUCAAACGCCCUUCCCCCGACCCCUGAGGUCCCGACCCAUGGCUCACCACAGCGAACCAAUACGACGUCUUCACGGCCCCUGCCUCCACCUCCACCUCACGAGUCUGACAGCGACGAGUACUUUUCGCCACAGAACGGAUACCAAGACGAGCUCUUCAAUGACGUCUUGAGCAUGACAGGAGGAAGCGCAGGCCAUGGCCAGGAGCCCAAUGGCCAGUAUUACCAUGGCGAACAACAGUCGGGACGGAAUGGCAUGAAUGGAGACCAAGGCGCGUACCCUGCACGGAAUACCUACGCGAGCGAUGAGAGCGAUGUCGAGGCUGCUGCUGGUCUAGCAGCACUCCAGAUGGCUGAGGAGCAAGAGAGGGCAGACGAAGCCCGAAGAGCAAGCGGCGGCACUGGGCUGUUCAGCAACUACACAUCAGUACACUCACCCCAGAUGCCAGCAGAGCCCACGCACGAAGCAAGCGCAAGCGACAGCGACUAUGUAGGCAUGGAUGUUGGCACGUAUGGCGGCGGCUUCAUGCCAUCCUUCAACUAUGGCGGAGAUCCAAGCCAACUUGCAGCGGGAGGUGGUUCACAGCGGCGAUCAGAAGCCGCUAGCGAAGACUACGACCCAAUUCAUCCCUUCCCGUCUUUUUCGAGCAGCGCACGCGUCGAUACAUUUGGUACGGGUGGGCUUCAAGAGCCUAGCGCACGGCGGCGGAGCUACGAUGAAGGCGACGAAGUCACUCUUAUGGAUAGCGCGUCCGCCAUGUCUGGUUCGACCUUGGGUCCUACAGCCGUGAUGCCUGGUGAGCCACCAGACAUGUUCUAUCAUCCUGGCAUCUCGAACCGACCUCUGCCACCCCCUCCGGUGAACACAAACCGACGACUCAAUCACCAGAGCAACAGCUCCACUGGAUCUGCCAAUUACGAGUAUUGGCGCAACGCUCCGUCCUCGCGUGGCUCAUACCCUUCUGACCCCAAUGCUGUACACAUGGUAUCACCAGCCGGCACACAUGUCCCUCGCUCAACGUCUCUACUGCAUCAAAGCAAUGCGCGAGACGCCAUACCCUUGCCGAGGUCCAAGACGGAUGCUGAGCAGGGGCACCGGCCUCGUGGCGCUGGCAAUCGCAACACCUAUUAUGGCAAUGCCGUCGACAGCGAUGGUAACACUUUAACGCCCGGUAGUGCUGAAGCUGUAGCCAUUGACUUGCCAACAAUUCCUGCUGGCAAGCGCUUCAACCCCGCCAAGUUGUCUAGCAUUGACUUUAAGAAGUGCACUGAGCCAUGGGCGCUCAGCUCAAUCAUCGCUUGGCUAAAGAGCAUGACUGAAGGCGAGAAUGACUUGAAGGAAGGGCCAAUCCAGGAGGGCCUCGUUGCACUGUUCACUCACAAGGUUCCAACCAUGAAUAUCGCCGAUGCAGAGACACUGAGCAGUCGGGUGGUGUCGGAAAUGUACAAAGCUGGAACUCUUGUGCACGAAGAAGAAUGGCUCAAGUUUUCUUCGGAAAGCAUGACGGGAGUAAUUUUCCAGCUGACAGGGGCGGGCUGUUAUGCGCCCAUGCUGCACACUCAUGCUAGCCCUGGCCGAUGCUACUCGCACCACUGCCAACGGACGCUCAAGAAGAUUGACCUCCACGCCCCGUCUGCCGCACCUCGCUCGGAAGAUUGGGCUACGUUUUACAAGCUGAAGAAGGAGGACAUUGAAGGCGCCAACAAGAAGGAAAUUGAGCGGCAGAACAUUCUUCACGAAAUCGUGCAGGGAGAGGACAACUACAUGAAUCGACUGGAUGUGUUGCGCCAUCUGUACCGUGACCGACUCAAGGCAGCUCAGCCUCCCGUCAUACCUCCAAAGAAACUCGACCGAUUUAUCCGCGACGUUUUCAGCAAGGUGGAUGCAGUGCGCAAGGCAAACGAGGACCAUUUACUCCCACAAAUCAAAUACAGACAACAAGAGCAAGGACCAUGGAUUGUGGGUUUCAGCGACAUUUUCAGGGAAUGGAUCCGAAAGGCCAAGCAAGCCUACAUUGAGUACGCGGCAGCCUUCCCAUACGCAUCCUUCUUGGUUCGACAGGAGGCCGAAAGGAACUUGGUAUUCCGUUCUUUCUUAGACGACGCCCAGAAGAACAAACUAUCCAACAAGCUUGGUUGGGACACGUAUCUCAAGGGCCCCAUCGACAGGCUGCAGCGUUAUGGUCUGCUCUUGGACACGGUGCUGAAGUACUCGAUUGUCGACAAUGAGGAAAAGAAAAACCUGCAGAUUGCAAAGGACGAGAUCAAGGCUGUGACGUUGGAAUGCGAUAGCCGUGUUGCUGAGAUGAGCCGCAAAGUCAGCCUCACCGAUCUGCAAGCCAGGCUCAUCUUGCGACCAGGGAUGCAGCGGGUCGAGCUCAAUCUAGAUCAUCUGGGGCGAGAGCUGAUUUUCCGGGGCGAUUUGCAAAGAAUGGGUGCCAACCGCUUCAACUGGCUGGAAACCCAUGCACUACUGUUUGAUCACUACCUCGUGCUUGCCAAGACAGUUUCGUACAGGGAGGCAGAUGGUGUUACCAAGUCUGAGAAGUACGAUGUCUCUCGGCUACCCAUUCCCAUGGACCUGCUCGUCCUGGAAAGCGAAGACGACGAUCCCGUCAUACGCUCAACGAUGAAGGGUAUAUCUACUGUCACGACAGUUUCCGGUCGAGUUGCUGGAACUGGCACGCGCCUGAACAGCAGUCCUGCUCCCGGGGGUCUACAACACGUCAAUACCGCUACUUCCCAUGGAUCGUCAACCACGAGCGGUUCAGGCAAGACUCUUGUCAACACUACGUCGAAUGACGCCAGCAAGGACGAGAAGAUUUUGUAUCCGUUCCGAGUCAAGCAUCUGGGCAAAGAGACGUAUACACUGUAUGCGCCAAGUGCACAAACCCGAGCCGAAUGGUGCGACAAGCUCAUCAUUGCGAAAACACGACAUGCCGCUGCCCUUUUCGCCCAGAAUGCCGAGCCUUUUAGACUGCGCGUCAUGGCCGACGCGGCGUUUGCAUACGAUAGCGCCAUGCCAUCUCAAAAGGCCAUUACUAUCAAGGGAACACCUCUGGACCGGGCCGUUGACGAGGUGGAGAAGCUUUUUGUCAAUGUUGGUCGCCCAGUGCCGAUUUGUCGAGCGCGCGUCAAUUGUGCGACGGCGUUUAGCCAACCUUAUGGCAAGCAGAUGGUGGCAGUCGGUACAGAUAUUGGUGUCUAUGUGUCGGACUUUGAGAAUCCUAGAGGCUGGACAAAGGCCAUCCAAGUACCGCGGGUAACGCAAAUUGCCGUUCUCGAGCAGUUUAGCUUGAUGCUUCUCAUCUCGGACAAGGCAUUGAUUGCGUAUCACCUGGAUGCUGUCUGUCCAGUCAACGGUAUGCCUUUGUCAAACGACUCGACGCGACGUGCCCCUCAGAAGCUGUCGGGCGCACGCGACAUUGGCUUCUUUGCCACUGGGGUCAUGAAGGACAGGACGCUUGUGUUUUACAAGAAGCGUGACGGCAUUUCAUCAACGUUCAAGGUUCUUGAGCCCGUGUACCAGAAAUCGACGGAGAAGAAGUCAAGGAUAUGGAAAUCGGGACGUACCGAGUUCUUCCGCGAGUACGACGAGUUUUACAUCCCGGCCGAGUGCUUUACCAUUAACCUCUUCCACUCGUCGCUUGCCAUUUCGACAUCCAAGGGCUUCGAGGUACUCACUCUGGACAAGAAGCAGCCAUGGUCGGUGCCGGACCUGAAGCAGCCGCACGUGGCGACGAUUGCUUCGCGACUGCAAAACCAAGACCCUCUGGGCAUGUUCCGGCUGUCGGACCAAGAAUUCCUCCUGUGCUACGAGGAGUGUGCGGUAUACAUUAACAAGAACGGUGACAUUUCGCGGUCGGUGAUUAUGGAGUUUGUGGGCAAGGCUAAGAGCGCUGCCAUGUAUGGGCCGUACGUGCUGCUCUUCGACCCCGACUUUGUGGAGAUUCGCAAUGCGCAGAACGGGAGACUGCGGCAGGUGAUUGCGGGACGCGACGUCAAGUGUCUGGAUGAUGGGCUGAGCGGAGGAUCAGCGCACAACAGGACGAUCAAGCUGAGCUUGCAGCAUCCGUACCAUGAAAGGUGUCAGGUGGUAGUUGAGCUGGUGCUUAACGAAGGCCAGAAGGAGUAGGCCUGAAAUAGCUCGCAUUUACGUCUGGGGUUGGUGGGCUUUGCUGUUGUCUCGACAGGAACCACAUUUUUGUUCCGGUGGCCUGGGUUGGAAAAGAAGGUUGGAGAUAUUUUUUUGGUGUCUUCCAUAGUGAUGGAGAGACUUUUGGCGAGCCAUGUUGUUAAUACUCUUUCUUUCUUGAUUGUCGAGGAUACCUUGUUUUUUUACAGUACUGGCCUGGAGUUUUUGAGGCAUUUUCUCGUGUUGACCUAAUACCCAGAGACGGCCUUUUGUAUAGGGAAUGGUAUCUGCU